CCACACACACACACACACACACACACACACACACACACACACUCCUGUUGGACAGCUGUUGGUAGUGGUUCGGCUGAGAACAGUUUUACGCACAGAGGAACUACCUGAGAACGCACUGACCGACACUGGCACAGAGAGGAGAGUUCCCCUCAUUCACUCCUGCUAUUUUCGCCCGGAAUAAUGCGUCUGCCUGUCGGCGACACAUUUUGAUUAUUUAUUCUGCAAGCUUUCAAUUAAAGGCAGAUACAUUUAUUCUUUGUCAAAAUGAAGGAAUUUGCUGCUUUUCUACACAUGUUCCUCGCUGCGCUACUCGUCGCCUGCGUCUCCACGACCAAGUUAAAUGUUCCCAGACUGAGACUGUCUUAUAAAGACCUACUGACCACCAACAGGUCAUCCGUCUUCAGCGGUCACCACGGUCAACUCUCCAUCACCGCCGUCUACUUAGACGAGUACCGCGACCGACUCUUCCUGGGAGGAAAAGACGUUCUCUACUCCCUAAUGCUGGGACCUGGCAGCAGUGAGUCCAAGGAGAUUAACUGGCCUCCUCUACCUGGCACCAGGGAGAACUGCAUAGAGACGGGGAAGGAGCAGUCGGAGUGUGCCAACUUCGUUCGCCUGCUGCAGCCCUACAAUCGAACUCAUCUCCUGGCCUGUGGCACCGGUGCCUUCCAGCCCAUGUGUACUUUCAUCAAUGUGGGCCACAGAGGAGAGCAUGUGUUCACAAUGGAUCCUAUGAGUGUGGAAAAUGGACGUGGAAAAGUCCCUCAUGACCCCAGCGUGCCCUUUGCCAGCACUUUCAUUGGCGGAGAGCUGUACACAGGUUUGACUGCAGAUUUCCUAGGAAGAGACUCUGUGAUCCUCAGAAGUAUGGGCGGUCGUGCCACCAUAAAAACUGAGACUGACGAGAAACUUCUCCACGACCCCAAGUUCAUUGCCGCUCAUCUGAUCCCAGACAACGACGACAGAGACGACGAUAAAGUCUAUUUCUUCUUCACUGAGAAAGCCACAGAGGCAGGAGACAGAGAGGGGGCCAUACACUCACGAGUGGGGCGAGUGUGUGCGAAUGAUGUUGGAGGCCAGAGAGUGCUGGUGAACAAGUGGAGCACGUUCAACAAAGCCAGACUGGUGUGUUCUGUGCCUGGACCUCAUGGCAUCGACACACACUUUAACCAACUGGGUGAGAUACAGGAACAUGCAUUAAUUAAUAAGCGCUACCCNNAUGUUUAUGCUAUUUUCAGCACAAUAAGCAAUGUGUUCCAAGGGUUUGCUGUCUGUGUUUACCGUAUGGCUGACAUCAGAGAAGCUUUCAAUGGACCAUUUGCCCAUAAGGAGGGUCCUGACUACCAGUGGGGGGCUUACGAAGGCCGGGUCCCUUAUCCAAGACCUGGAGUGUGUCCCAGUAAAAUCACCAACCAGCCUGGCAGAGAGUUCGGCAGCACGAAGGACUUCCCUGACUCAGUGCUGCACUUCGCCCGCAGCCACCCUCUCAUGUGGCGACCGGUGUAUCCGGCUCUGCGCCAACCCGUGCUGGUGAAGGCAAACAUUCCAUACAAGCUAAAACAAAUAGUGGUGGAUCGUGUGGAGGCAGAGGACGGGCAGUAUGACGUCAUGUUUAUAGGAACUGACGUUGGUACGGUGCUAAAGGUCAUCGCUCUGCGCAAUGGCAACAGUCUAGAGAUGGAAGAAGUCACUCUGGAGGAACUACAGGUCUUUAAAGUUCCAACUCCAAUUACAUCUAUGGAAAUUUCUGUGAAAAGGCAAGCUCUGUACGCAGGCUCUCCCACAGGUGUGGUGCAGAUGAAGCUUCACCGCUGUGAAACCUAUGGGAACGCCUGUGCUGAGUGCUGCUUGGCCCGAGACCCAUACUGCGCCUGGGAUGGAUCUUCAUGUGCGCGAUACAUUUCCAACAACAAACGUCGGUACCGCAGACAGGACAUCAGACAUGGGAACCCUGUGCUGCAGUGUAUGGAUAUGAACAUGGGGGAAGACUUUGACAUGGCUGAAGAGAAGGUGGUGUACGGGACGGAGAACAACAGCACCUUCCUGGAGUGUGUUCCCCGUUCUCCUCAGGCUACCGUAACCUGGUUUGUCCAACAACAGGACCACAAAGAAGAGGUGAAGCUGGAUGAUCAUGUGAUGACCACGGAGCAGGGACUUCUGUUUCGUCGUCUGUUGCGCCAAGAUCAAGGUUUAUACAUCUGCCGUUCCAGAGAGCACGGCUUCACACAGACCCUGGCCCGAUUUAACCUUGAAGUACUCCAGGGCGAGACUGUGGACGAGCUCAUGUCCCGUGAAAAUGCAGGCCAAUCCGACUCCUUCAAAGACAGAACCUCGGACACCUACAGAGCUUGGAUGCCGUGCAGCACCUACAGCAGAGGAGGCUCGCCGAGCCAAAUCGGCCAGUCUCGCACAUGGUUCAAAGACAUCAUGCAGCUGAUCGGACCGUCAAAGAUGCCUCAGGUGGAGGAAUACUGCGAGAGGAUGUGGUGCAAUGACAAGCUGAAAAGGAAACACAAGAGCAUGCUGGAGAAAUAUCGACAGGCGCAGGAGAGCGCCAGGAAAGCUCGGAGCAAGAACCCCGGAGAACGUAACCGGACGCCACGGGACCUACGUGCACGGGAGGAGUAAUGAGGAGAAAGGAGGAAAAGGAACAGAAGAAGGAAAUAAAAAAAGAAAAUUAAACUAUGGGGCAAGAUUGAUGGAGCCAUGAAAAAGGAACAAGAUCAGGCUCUAAGUAGAAACUUUGGCAGUUGAGUACGUAAUAAUUCUGACAGAAGUGUCUUUGCUUUGGCCACCAAACCUAAAAGAAUAGAUUUUAUAAAGUCAGUGUAUGUACGCUGUAGAUCUUGUGCUCGAGCUCGUUUGAACUUUUCCUCGCAGAAAUUCAUGGAUUUGGUUGGAUGUGAAAUGGCCCAAAUGGAAGGGAAAAAAAACCCUAAUGAAUUUGGUGAAUUUGUUCUUAUGCUGAUAACCAGGACACAGAAGACAAUCUGACAACUGAGUUUUCAAUCUUAUUUUUGUCAUUACAAAAUAUUCAUAAGUCAAUUUUUACUGAGAAACACUGUUCAAAUGAGACUUUGUGAACAACUGUAUGCAUGCCUGAGGAUGAGUGGAUCCUCUUCCUUAUCUCUUUUGCUUCUCCAUCUUCACUGACUCCUUCACCUUCAUCAUCCUUUCAUGAGAUUUUAAGCUACUUUUAUAGUAUUUCAUGUAAAAUACAUUGUUUUGGAAAACUGACAGAAAAACACAGGACUUGUAACUACCAUAUUUUAGAUGGUUGUUAACAGCUAUUGUGCAGUAAUGCAGUUUUGGCACAUACACAUACUAAUCCUCACUGUAGAAGUACUCACAUUUCACACACUGGAACAUUUCACUGACUCAAAGCUCCCAUUAAGACGACUG